AGCUGUGCAGUGUUGGCUGAACAAGAAGUGAGAGGAAUAUAGUGCAGCAGGGAGGUGACCAACAGAAGCGGCAGCAGCAGCUCUGUGGAGAAUAGCUCCUCUAUGAACGCCCUUCAGACGGACUUGCCUGUGAAUCACAUUUUCCACCUACAAUACUGUUACUUCAGACUGGGCGUCUCCGAAGGAACACAUGCAACAAAACCUUUCUUCCUCACCGAUAACUUCACUGAAAGGAGUCGAUCUGGAGCUGCGCACUCAGCGGACAGCUUUAAACACACACGAAGACAAAUACAAUUGACUGAUUGGAAAGUUUGUUUGAAGACUUUCUGCUAAAGUUGUUCUUGUUUUUUUGAUGGAAGAUAAUGAGCGAGUAUCGGAAUAAUGGAAAUGGAGCCGUAUAUGUUAGCGAGUUUCUGCCCUGAUCUAUGGAAGGCUAGUUAUUGAUAGUCUAUAUCGUUGUUGAUUAUCGGGGACCGAGUAUUGAUCUGUAGGCUACUGACAUGGAUCUACAGGUGAUUGUCUGGGUGCUCUACUGCUUUUUGAUGCCCACCGUGCUGUUAACAGCUUGUCUUUUUCGCUACAACAUAUUGUCACUGGUUCACUUCCUCUACCUGCUGCUGCUGCCGUGGUUCCUGAGUCCCAACAAGCACACAAUCAGAGGUCACACGGGACAGUUUAUUAGAGUGGUUUUCUGUACCAGUCUACUAUUUGUACUGGCUCAUAUCUGCUUCCAGACAGUACUAUACACAUAUCCUCCUCUCAACAUCGCCAUAGGUGAUAACUGUUCACAAUGGGACACCAUAACCAGACAUAUAGGACUGUCCAGGGUUCCCUUGGAUGAUCCUUGGAGUGUGUUACGCCUUCUGUGUCCUGACAUGGGUGUGUGUGUGGUUGCCUUGAUAACAAUCGUCCUCUGCAGAAGAUUGGUCAGGAACAGAGAAAUGGUGGCUGCUGCCAACAUUACAUCGGUGAGUCAUGUGUAUGUACAGUAUGCAAGAUUGUGAUACAGUAUGGACCCAGGGGUUGCUGUGUUGUUGGGUUAAAAAAGUCAAAGUUGAUACAGUGUUUGAUUAAUUAUAUGGAGGUGCUGUUUUAUGAAGCAAUUUAACUGGAUGAUUACGGUAGUAAGCCUCCUUUACUUAAGUAAGGUUUUAUGGAGCAGGUUUGCACGUAACAGUGCCUCAUCAAGGUGCCAGUAACUAAUUAAACAAGCCUGAGUCCUGGGCAGGCCUUAAUUGCAUUAACACGUUCUUGAUUGAAGCUCAUGUUGAUUAGUAACUUAUAGAACUGGCUUAGCAUUAGGCCCAGAGUUUAGUUUUCCAUCUAAAGCCACUUUCCCACUGGAUAAACCCCCUGGCAAAAAACACUAUCAACCUCUGACAUCUGGCUUUUGUGUUUAGUAGGAAAGGUUACAAUCGGUAUAUAUUCAUGGGACAAAUUUCUCUGCAGUAGCCAUGCUGUUUAUCGGCCAUAGCUUCAUUCUGCAGUGGUGGAAACAAAACACCCGGUUGAACAUGCUAAUUUUGUUUAUCUUAGAAAGAGAAGAAGGAAAUACAAAAGGAAUAAUGUAAGGGGAAAGGAAGAUGAUUGCUGUAUUCAAUAUGUGAUAUUCAAUUUAAAAUUUACAAACUAACAAACUCUGUCCGUAAGAUAAAGUAAAACAUAAUUUGGAUUAUAUUGAAGUGUACUGGAGAAAAAGAAGAAAAUCUCAAAAAUUAAUUUUAUUCAAGUAAUGCAAAAGCAAAACUGUAGUUCAAUAACUGAACCUGGUUACUUUCUCAUUCUGUAAAAUUGGUUUUGUCAUGGUAAAUCUCUAGGGCAGUGUGAUAUUUCACAUUUGAUUUAUUAUUAUGAUAUAAGUGUACGUUUUUGUUUUGUUUUUUGAAGUUCACAAACAGGAGUACACAGCAGGAUUCACCUCUGAUCCAAGUGUCAUUUGUUUCACUUCUCAUUGUAUUGACCAGCUCUAAGGCUUGCCUCCAUGUUGGGAACACUGGCCCUUGGUAAACUUUGAGACACAACAGGCAUAGUUGGCCUGAUGUUAGCAUGUAAUGGAAAAUCCAAAAACUGGUAUCUGUGGUUUCUCACAGACCUCAGGAUGGAUAUGGGCUAGGAGACCUAAUACAUUUACAGUAGUGGGUUUUUGUAGUCUUUAAUAAUUGUCUCUAAUUAUUUACAUUUUUCUUGUAUUUGGUCUUGUUCGGUGUGUGUUACAUGUUUCUUGGCAUAUGUCUUUGAAGUGCUUUAACUAUAUCUUCAUCUUAAAUUAAUGACUUUGUUUGUUUAAGAUGGUCCCAGAAACGGUUAGUUUGUUGAUUUUUCAACUAACUUUAUCUUGUUUUUGAGCUGGUGCGCUCAUUUAAUUAACUGUUUAUUAAGUGUGUACCUUAGUGCAGUGAUUCUCAACUGGUGGGUUGCGAUCCAAAAGUGGAUGGCAGAGCCGUUUUCAGUGGGUCGCGGGCCUUUGACUGACACAAAAAAAAAAAAAAAAAAGUGAUUUUAUUUUGAA